AUGGACUCAUCGUUGAACAACGUGGCCCUGCGCCCAUGGCCGGCCCCAAAGAAGGAGGAGCUGACGCAGGAUGACCUGCUGUUCAAGAUCGAGCAGCUAGCGAGCGAACGCGGGCAUUUGCGCAACAUCACCGAACAGUCGCUACAGGAGGACAUUGACGCGGGCAAAGAUGUACCAGACGACGCUGCAGAGGGGGCUGAUAAGGAGAAGAAGGAGAAAGAAGCGCCUUCCCGGCAGGAGCAGCUAGAGAAGGUGUUCAAAGCCGGGCAGGAGAUGUAUAGUCAUCUGGAAUGGGCUAAAUUUGCUGCUACCAACGCGCUCGACCUCGUCUCCCUCAUCCUCUCCCAAGACCCAAACAAACGCGCCCUCAACUUCUUCAGUCCGACGUUUCGAGAGCAAGGCCUGAACCAGGGCAUACCACUCGGCUCUUUCGGCAUGAGCAAGGAGAACCACGAACAUCGGACUCGUAAGCCGGACGAGGUACAACGGUUACAAGAUCUCGCGUCGAAACAAGAGAUAGCUGCCCAGGGAGCACGCAUGGGGGCGCUCGACUCUUCGGUAGACGAGAUAUUGAAGGCCGCAAAACACUUGGAGAAGGAGAUACGGCGAGAGACGAAGUACUGGCAUGAGAUAGUGUCCGUCUCCGACAAGGGGUGGCCCAUCCAGCGACUGCGCCAGAAUGUACGCCAUUCGCCCUUUGCCGUGCGUUAUGGACUCCCCGAAGCAAGCGGUCAUUUCAAAGCGCGUGGCUUUGCCCCUCUUCAGAUGGACAAGGACGGCAGCAUCAUUCUGGAUCCGAGUCUCGCGCUGAAACCGAAAACAUUCCGCGUGCGAAUCAGUGUCGACGGCAAGAUGACAGGCACAUCACAACUUCCUCUCGACGGCGAAAACGCGGCUCAGUCUCUGGAAAAGUCUAUACAACUUGCCCGUGAUUCAUUAUUAGAGGAAGAACUGUACUACGAAAUGAGUCUCGAAACUCGGCAACUGCGCGCCUACGGUGUCGAAUUUCGGGAUUCUGUCAUUCAGAUAGACGUGCCUAGCAUGGGCAAUGCAUCGCAAGAUCGAAAGCUGCUCAUCGAUUGCAUACCCCGGGACGAUCCUAUAGCGAGCAACCAAGGACAUGAGUACGAUUGGCUGGCUCGCAACAUCGCCGAGGCGCUCCGACUGCUCCUAGCCCAUGAGCAUAGUAUGCGUCUCUAUAGGAGAUCGCAGCUUCCACCUCCCUUGACAGGCCAAAAGCGGGAUAAGCCUCCUCCACCUUUACUGCGCACGCUUCUUGCUGUAUCAAAUCACAUUGCAGGUGUCGACUCGCUUUACGUAUAUCUUGGUCUCGUCGCCAAAACACUGGACAACACAGGCCUUGAUGCGAGCCUGGAUACCACGCGUGAGACGUCUUGGGCGAUCCUUUCGGAAAGUUUGAAGACGACGCCGAAGAAGGGCAUGUCCGCAACCGAUCAGCUGCUUGAAAUCUUCAUGAAACCGUUCGAUGGAAAAGCGACUUUGACCAUACCCGCCCCAAAUGGCACGCAGCCAGAGAGUCUGGUCGUCGUUACACGCACAAUCAUCGGUCAACCGACGUUUGGCACAGAGCACAAGUUGACCCUUCCAUCCACUCUGAGUUCCGAUCUUGGCUUGUUCCAGCAACACAAGUUUGCUACUGUCGAGGAGCUGAAGUCGUAUCUGGAUUGGGUUCUGUCCUUACAUAUCGCGCAUAGACUUUUGAAGAGCGAGUAUGGCUCGCGCGCGCAGACGAGAACUCAGAACCCACGGCUGUCGAUUCGUCAAAGCAACGAAACCAAGAAAGGCACCAAGUCUACAAGGGACAUCAGAGUCGACUUCGAUGGCGGAGAGCUAAAGGUGACUGCGCUGGCGCUAGAUGCGACGUCGGAAGCAGAAGACGGUGAGCAAUCGCAUACUUGGAGUGAGACAGGUGACAAUGCUUCUCUGAAAGAAGUCAUCAAAGAGUGGAUUGUUGUCGCAUCCAAUAUGCUGCCUCUCUCCGUGUUCACGUUGAGCUCACUGGUUCCUGCGCUAUGCAGCGCACAGCGCAUUCGAUCUGAUCCCGGUGUUGCCGGCCCACCUCUUGAAAUCGUCCAUCUCUACAACGAUCAAUGGCCUACCGGUAUCACCGUCUCAAAAGGCGGUCGUAAAUUCUCAAACUACCCAGCAGGUCUCGAUCCCAACAACACCAACACAGGCACCAACAACAGACAUGCCGUAGCAGAGCUCACCGCCAACGGCACCGAGACACCGUACCCAAGUGUCGAGAUUAACAACCCGCCGAACGGAGCCAUCAACCACACGACCACCCCACCAACAGGCGCAAACUACCAGAACUACCUCAUCGGCGUCCAGAGCGUCGUCCUUGACCCCCAAGACCGGCUCUGGAUCCUAGACACAGGCCGCGCAUUAACCGAAGAAGGCACCCUCGUUCUGGCAUCCACCGGCGGCCCCAAGCUCGUUGGCGUAGACGUUGAAACCGACACGGUGAUUCAAACCAUCGUCUUCCCUCCCACAGUCGCAUACCCAGACUCAUACCUCAACGACGUGCGCUUCGACUUGCGUCCUCACAUCACCGAUUCCGGAAAGGGCGUAGCGUACAUCACCGACUCCUCAUCCGAGGGCCGCAAUGGCAUCGUCAUCGUAGACCUAGGCACAGGCGAGAGCUGGCGCCACCUCGACGGCGCACAAGAGUCGCGAGCAGAGCGGGGUUUCGUGCCGUACGUCUGGGGCGAACCAAAAUACUACAUCCCCGGUCCUGGUUUACCACUGACCACUGUUCCGCUGGGAAGCGAUGGCAUCGCCUUGUCCGCUGAUGGAGAGCACUUGUACUUUGGCCCUGUUGGUGGUCGCACUCUAUAUAGUAUUCCCACCGAGCGUCUGCGGGACCGCAGUCAGGCGUCUGAGCUACUGGCGCUGGGGGCUGUGAAUAAUCGGGGUGAGAGAGGUGUGAGCGAUGGGUUUGAGACGGAUACGAAUGGGUUUAUCUAUGCGGGUAAUAUGGAACAGAAUGAGAUUGGGUUCCAUAACCCGAAGAAUGCGUCUAUGACGCUGUUUGUGAGGGACCCGAGGAUCAGCUGGGUGGAUACUAUGUCCGUUGGAAGCGAUGGCUAUCUUUACUUCACCGACAACCAGCUUGCUUUCAGUUCGUCCUUCUAUCCUGGCACAGACAACAGAGAGAGACCGUUCGUGCUGUUCAGAGCACCUUUGCCUAACAACGGAUCAAGGGUGUUCUUGCAGUAA